AUGGCCGAAAGGGCAGAUGAUACCGGAUACGGUCACUUGAGCCUUCCGUGGCUGGAUGGGGAGAAGGUGGUCGCCGCAUCGGCAGUUGUGCCCUACAGUGGCACGGCGCCACAGGUCCAGCCUCCAGUCUUCCAGAGAGUUCCUGUGUACGGGCCUCCAAGCAGCAGCCAAGGCGCCGCCGUGAUGCACGAGACCCCCGUCUCGAACGCGAGCACCCACAACCUGGCCCACCAGACGGGCCUUCAGAAGGUGAUGCUCAAGUCGAGCGUCGUCGUGCUCUCGGUCGCCUUCCUCGCGCUGCUCGGCGUCGCCUGCGUCAUCAUCGCCAACAGAACAUCCAGCUUGAGCAAGUUCAUGCAAAAGAACGCGACGAUGGCGGUGCACCCAACGUCAGCACACCCGACCCGGGUGCCGGGCUCGGUCAUGACGCAACGGGCAACGGAAGCGAUUGAAAACGUCGCUGAACCAUCGCAAGGCAUGCCAAUAGCGGCUGUUAACCAGCUGCAAGCACAGAAGUCUCACGGAAUGCUCGGAGCUGCGUAUUUCAACAACAGUGUCGCGCCUCGCGGAUUUAGCAGGGACUAUGUCUGCACCACGGAUAGCUGCAUCAAAGAAGGGGAGCGGCUGGCGGGCCUGGUGGACCCGGUGCUGAGCCCGUGCGACAACUUCUACGAGUACACGUGCGCCACCUGGGCCGAGGAACACCCUGUGCCUCGGGGCGCCCAGAAAGUCUCAUACCAGUCCAGCAUCAUCGACUACGUCGAGAAAAAGCUCGACGACAUCGUGCGUGUCGAGCUGCGGAAGGUGCUGUCCAUGCCGUUGGCCUUCAACUUCCUUUCCAGCCACGUGAAGGCCAUCCUGAUGAGGAAUGCCUGCAUGGAAGUAGAUCGGCUGAACGACCGCGGUCUGGGACCGCUGCGCGAGGUGCUGCAGACGCUGCACCUGACAGAGUGGCCCACGGUCAAGAUCGACUUCAACGACUCGCUCAUCGAGCGCGUGGCCGCCGCCCUGGGCUCGCGGCUUGGCGUCUUCCCGCUCGCCAGGGUCGACGUAGACCGAGACCCCGACAACCCGUCGGAGUUUAUCAUCACGCUGGACGAGCCCUCGCGCGAGGUGUUCCGGCGCGGCCACUUCCUGCGCUCGGAGCGCGAGCUGAUGGAGUACGAGACGGUGACGCGCAAGGCCUUCGACAAACUGCAGAACCCGGCGCUCAGCGACCUGCUCGGCUCGGCCGUGUUGGGCCUCGAGGACGAGAUAUCGCAGGCAAUGGGGCCGACCGCUCAGAUGGAGGAGAAGGUGCGGCAAUACGUCAAAAUAUCCGUCGCUGACCUCCCGCGCGGCAGCAAGUUCCACUGGCUGCACUUCCUGAACCACACCAUGGAGAAAGUGCAACCCGUGCACCGCAGCCAAGUGAUCGUCGUGCGCAGCAUGCCCUUCAUCAAGAAGCUCGCCGAAAUCCUCGAGGGACGCCAGAGGCGCACCAUCGUGAACUACUUGGGCCUCAAGGCGCUGCUGGUGUUCUCGCCGCUGCUACCGCCGAACAGCGAGGGCGCGGUGGCUGGUCUCCUGGGCCGGAUGCUGACUGGCCGCACACCGGACCAGCUUCCGCGCUGGCGCCUCUGCCUGCGCGCCGCCGAGGACGCGAUGCCGUUCGCCUUCCUCGGCAUGUACCAUGACGUGUUCGUCAGGGAGCACAACGUGCUGCAGUUGCGCGCCUCGCUCAGCAAGAUGAAGGACCUGCUGGCCGCCUCCCUCGAGGACGUCGUCUGGCUCAACUCCAAGGACGCGCCCAGGGCGCUGGACAAGUUGAAGCGCCUCGACUUCGUCGAGUUCUUCCCCGCCUGGGUGAUGAGUGAGGAGGAGCGAAAUGUGUUCUACGAGUCGAUGGUUCGGGUCGGUGUUCGAUGUCCACGUGACCUAUGACCCGCAGAACAACACGCUUUGCCCCUGUACAUCCCGCGCGUACUGGCCGGCCUGGCCCAGCAACUGAUGUCGGCAGUGACGGGCCUGGGCUCGCUCUUCGACGUCCA